UGGAGGCAAUUUGUAAAAGCAUUAAUGGCAUCUGUCAGUUUGCCAUACAUACACCACAAGAGUGUGAAACACGGGGAUAUGCUAUGUUAAUGAAGUGAUAAAGUGCUGCUAAUAACAGGAAAUCUAAAAUUAACAGUUGUGUACAUUCAAAUAAUUGAAUAUAAAUAUAUAAAUUGCACACAUAAAUAUAAUUAUUUUAAUAAUUAUAUAUAUUAGUGGAUGUCAUACUACAAUGUUUGUUUCACUUCAGACAUUUUUGGGAUAGGGAGGCAAUUGCAUUGGAGUGACAGACACACCUCAUUUUGUGUUUUCCAUGUAAUGGUCUCAUUGUGUACAGAUGUGUCUUAUAUUGGGGCUAAUCCCAAAAGACAACCUUUUUCACUGUGGCAUCAAUUUCAACAUUCUGUGGGUAUAAAAAGCUGGUAUUGUCAGUAAGUCAUUUCAAGUUCAUCAUUCAAACAGCCAUGAACACACGGUGUCACUUAAAGUGCCUCUAUUAUGCAAUUUUAAAGGUUGCUAAUAUUGCUUAAUACGUCUCUUAAAACAGGUUUACAUGUAUGCAAGGUCAAAAAACACUUUAGUUUUCUCUAAAAAUAGAUUUAAUUUUACCCCAUUUCUAAAUGAUUCGUAAACGACUCGUGUGAAGCAGUUCGAAGACUCAGUCUGUCUAAACCCCUCCUUUCCGUAAGCCCUCACUGCUGUGAUUGGUCAGAUGGCGCGGCCCUCAUGAUUGGUCUAGCGUUACAGCGUGUGUCGGAAUACAUAGAAAAGAUGGUGUCGGUUUUACCGUGUAAUGACCAGCUAAUUUUAUGUUAACCGUGGCUUCAAUAAUCAAGAGGUCUUUUAUCUUUGUGUCGGUGUUGCGUUAAAAGGCCAGUGAGCAAAAAGGACAAACACAAACAAGUAGAUAAAGCAAACGUGUAUUAUACAAAACUAAAUAAAGUAAACGAAGAAGGUGCACAACAACCAAAGAUAUAAACAAUAUUUACAAACUACAUAUAAUAAAUGGUAUGUGUAUGUGUGCGAGUGAGUGGAAAAUGUACAAAGUCCGUGUUUAUUGUAUGUGUGUUAUCCAAGUAUACCGAUUAUGGUUCGCACUCACCGGGGUUAAUGAAGUCCGGGGAAUAUGUUAUGACGGAGGGUGAGAAGUCCGGGGAAUAUGUCUAGUCAAAGAUAAUCCGGUUAAAAAAUCUUCGAAAGAAAAUGAUCCACAGCAAUCUCUCCUUCUUUCAUCCAAACAAAUAAUGCCAGCGCUGGUCCACCAUUACUACAAGAGUGUGGUAACGUUAAUUGUAAGAUGGCGGGCAAGUUGUUCGCGAUGUAGAACAUGGGCGGACAUUAUGCAAAUAUCUUACAGAGUGACGUAGAUCCGUAACAGAGUAAAAAUAGAUUUACUAACGACUUGUUUAUGCUAAUGUUAGCCGAUUUUUUUAAAUAGACAAAAACCUCAUUUAUCGUGCACUGUAAGCGUCACAGAUAGUGCAGAUAGUUUAUGUUCACAUACUGUACAGCUACAUGACACACUUCAUGAAAGAUCAUAUUUGAAAAGGCAUAAUAGGGGCACUUUAACAGACGAGCAGCGCCACCUGGCCAUGUUGCGCCUUCGGGUGAGUGGCAGGCAGUCAGAUGUUGCUUGUGAACUUGGUGUGUCUCAAAGUGUCAUCAGCAGACUUGCAUCAAGACACAGAACUACUGGCAGAGUUCAUGACAGACCCAAGAGUGAAGCCCCACGAGUGACAGACAGCAAUGAUGACCAGUACCUUAAGACCUAUGCACUCAGAGAUCGUUAUGCAACUGCCACACAGCUGCAGGCCCGUUUACAAGAUGCGAAGGGUACUAGGGUUUCCAGACAAAACAUUCACAACCGACUUCACCGCUUUGGCUUAAAUGCCAGGCGACUGUUGCAGGUGACUCCACUGUCACCAAGACACCGCUGUGAACGUUUGCAGUGGGCACAAGACCAUGUAACCUGGACAAUGCAGCAGUGGUCUACCGUCCUGUUCACUGAUGAGUGUCAGCAGCGUUGCUGGAGAAGGCGAGGUUUCUUUGGACCCACACUGAACAGCUUCAUCCAUGUGUUGAUGUAUUCGUACUACAGCUUGUCCACCAUUCCUUCAAUGCAGAAGUACUUGUGGUGGAAACGCUAUCUUACACAAGCCCAGCUGGUUCAGUUUAUAUUAACUAUAACACACACAUUAAGUGCAGUGGUUUUUCCCUGUGGUUUUCCUCUGGGCUGCCUUUUGUUUCAGUCCAGUUACAUGGUUACACUCGUUAUCUUGUUCAUCAACUUUUACAUGCAGGCAUACAGAAGAAAGCCAGCCAAAGAUGGCCACCUAAAUGGCAUCUCAUCCUAUGUUAAUGGAGCCAAACAUAAGCUGCAGUGAUGACAAAUCAUAACUUUUUAAAAUUCACCUUUCAUGUUGACUAAUCUAAUAGCAGGAUAAUCCUCUUUAAUUGUAAUAAUAUAAUUGUGUUUUGUAUAGAGUACUUUUUUAACCUUUUUUAUUAAGCAGUUGUUUGUUGCUCUCAGGAUCUGACAGUGUUAAUGGUUUUAGUGCUGUACUUUACCUCCUUAUAGAAGCAGUACUCUGGGCAUUUGUCAAUAAUCUAAAGAAUACUGUAUAUUGUAUAAGGAAUUUGAGAUUAUUUCUUUGUGUUGUAUUUUCAAAAUAGUGCCACAGUGGCUCAAGGCUUAGCAUAGUUCUCUUAACCUCCAGAGUUCAGGGUUCAAAUAUCUACUUUUUCGCCAAUGUCCCCCA